AUGCCCUCCCGCCGCCUCCUUUCCCCGGCGACGUCGCCUCCCGACCGGACCCACCAUCUCCUCCCGCCUCUGGCCGGCUGCCUGACGGCAGCGUUCUCCAUCCUCCUCCUCCUCGUUCUCUGCUUCCGGCGGAUCAGCAGGAAGCGCACCGCGCCGAGCGCCUCCGACACCGACUCCAAGAAGCCCCCCCACAGCUUCUCGUACUCCCUCCUCCGCCGCGCCACCUCCAAUUUCUCCCCGUCCCUCCGCCUCGGCCAGGGCGGCUUCGGCUCCGUCUAUCGCGGCGAGCUCAAGCCGGGCCUACACGGCUCCGGGGAUCCCGUCCUCGCCGCCUCCCGCGUCGCCGUCAAGCUCAUGGACUCGGGGUCGCUGCAGGGGGAGCGCGAAUUCCAGAACGAGCUGCUUUUCGCCUCGAAGGUCGACUGUAAGUACAUCGUCUCCGUUUUAGGUUUUUCCUCGAACCCUAGUAAACGCCGGAUGCUUUUAAUUUACGAGCUUAUGGAAAACGGUAGCCUGCAAGACUGUCUCUUUCACAAAAAGAGUGAGGAACUGAGAAAUUGGGACAGGAGGUUCUCGAUUGCUCUCAACAUAGCCAGAGGGUUGGAGUACUUGCAUCACAAUUGCGAUCCACCCAUUAUUCACGGUGAUAUUAAGCCGAGCAAUAUUCUGCUGGAUGGGGGUUUUAAUGGCAAGAUUGGCGAUUUUGGGCUGGCGAGGUUUAAAAUGGAUGAUAGUGUUAUUGUGGAAGCUGAGCAGAAGAAAGACAGCACUUUGGCAAAUGGGGCGACAGAGGAUAAUGGAUCUGUUAUGGAGGACGCUGAGAGUGUGAUUACAACAAGUGGGUUUGAGGAAGUAAACUGCACUGUUCAACAUAAUCACGAUAGAUCGCCCCAGAGCGUGGUUGUCAGGGUUGAGUCCUCGCCGGAGGCCUUGACGGGUCCCGAGCUGUCUCCGGAGGCAGGCCCCAUUGUGUCGCCUAGAACGAUGGCAGAGAUGGCCUCACCUCUCGAAGGACUGGAUAAAACAAGCGUUUCAGAAGGGACCUUCGACAAGCUUAGUAUUGAGAGCGGACGUAAAAUCAAGAAAAAAAAAAGUAUGUCAGGCAAAGACUGGUGGUGGAAGCAGGACGCGGGCACUGAUGGUGAUUCGGGCAAGGUCAAGGACUACGUGAUGGAGUGGAUUGGGAACGAGAUCAAGAAGGAAAGGCCUAAGAGCGACUGGAUAGCGGGGAGCUCGGGCUCCAAAUCUACCGAGAAGAAAUCCGACAAGAAGAACAAAAAGAAAAAGAGGCAGCUCGACUGGUGGAAAUCCCUAGAUGAUGAGAAGGAUAAGAAGAAAGACAAGAGAAGGCCUGCGAGGGAGUGGUGGAAGGAGGAGUACUGUGAGGAGCUCGAGAAAAAGAAAAAGAAAACAAAGAAGAAGAAAAAACAUGGGCAAGGAUCAAUGACCGACAUUGAUUCCUACAGUGAAAACUGGUGGCCAAGAGAUGACGAGAUGAGCGCCGGCCGGAAGAAGAAAAGGAGUCGAAGCCAGAGUAGGAGUCGGAGCAGGGGCAGUAAGGGCAGCAUGGACUGGUGGCUAGACGGCCUCAGUGGCGAUCUGUGGAGGACGAAAAACAAUAACGCCUAUGAUUCGGUCAGUGGGGAUAUACCCAAAAGCGGAGGGAUCAGCAGCACCCCGAGUAUGAGAGGAACUGUUUGCUACAUUGCGCCCGAAUAUGGUGGCGGUGCUGACGUGUCUGAAAAGUGCGACGUCUACAGUUAUGGGGUUCUUCUGUUGGUUCUGAUCGCUGGCAGGAGGCCGCUGCAAGUGACGGGUUCGCCCUUGUCCGAGUUCCAGCGGGCAAACCUGCUGUCGUGGGCCCGCCACCUGGCACGGGCUGGGAAGCUUCUGGAUUUAGUUGAUGAGAGGAUCAGUCGGGAGUCUCUCGACAGUGAGCGGGCAUUACUUUGUAUCACGGUGGCUUUGCUGUGCCUGCAAAAGUCACCAGCUCGUAGGCCUUCUAUGAGGGAGGUGGUGGGGAUGCUGUCGGGGGAUUUGGCGUAUCCACAGCUGCCGGUGGAGUUCUCUCCCUCGCCACCCGGACGAUUCCCGUUCAAGUCGCACAAGAAGGUCCGUUGA